AUGUCUUCUUUACCCUCUCUAAUCAACUCCUUGACAGAUAACGCCGCACCGGGCACGGGGAUUGUGAAGCUUGUUGAUAUUGCUAAAAAUGCUCUUCACCUGCAAUCCAAUCGGCAGAUCCCAGAUGCACUUAUCACAUAUCUCAAAGAUCAACAGCAGUCUCAGUUCGGAUCCUAUCCGGACCACAAAGACAUUGCUCCAAGCAGCGUCUUUACAGCUGUGUUCUUUUUGCUCAUGCUUGGCCAUUUAUUUAUCUUUUCCAAGAACAAGACAAGAGGACACUGGUUCCCGUUGUCACUCGGUUUUGCAGCUUAUUGUCUAAUAAGACUGUUAGGCUUUGCUUUGAGAAUCGCGUGGGCAAAGAACAUCCUCAGAUUGCACACAGGCAUAGCUUCCGAAGUCCUACUUGUCCUUCCAACGGUGUUUCUGGCCUCUCUCAACCUCGUACUGGCACAGCGGCUCUUCACUUGGCGCCAUCCUGUUGGCGGCAACCAGAAAUACUUCCAGAUUGCCAUGAUGACAAUCUAUUUGCUUGUGGUGGCAGUCGUUGUCAUGACAAUUGUUGCAGGCGUGGUGCCGUAUUUAUACUUUCUGAGCCAAAGCCACUACAACAUGUGCCGCAACGUUGUGAAGGUGACAUCCGUUCUUAUCUGUUUCUACUCGCUGUUGGCCAUACUGCUUGUUAUGUGCGCCUUCUUGAUCCCCCCUUCUUCUAGGGACAAGAAAGCAACCGUGUUCCAGCCAUUUUGGAUCACGUCGUUUGCCCCGACGUAUUACAUUCCUCAGGGCGCUGCUGAGGAAGGACGCUACUUGUUUGUUCAACGGCACGGCGACCUCGCCAAACACUCGGAAAGAACCAUCCUGAGAGGCGGAGAUCUUUAUUCAAUGGCGGAUGAAUCGUCACAACUCAACCAAUAUGAAGCUCAAGAGGAAGCCAAAUAUUCUAUCAAGCACAAUAGCUCAAUUUUGCUGGUUGCUCUCACAUCUGCAUGUGUCUUCAUUGGUGCGAUCUUCCGAUGCGUGCUCCUAUUUCUUGAUACAACGUACGCUACACAAGGGUGGCUAGCCAAACCGGUGGUUAUGUACAUGCUCUGGGGGUUUUUGGAAGCCGUUGUCAAUCUGCUCUACUUGGUCGGAAGGGUUGAUUUGAGGUUUUACAGACCUGACAAGAUCCCAAAUAAGUUUAUCACUGCCACCAACUCAUCAAGUGUGCACCCUUCCAGCGAAGACAAGCCACGCACACAUUCAGCUCCAAGUGAGGCCUAA